AGUACUACUAGACUUUGAACUGGAAUAAAAAUGCCUGAUUUUGAAUCCAUGAGCGAUGGAGAACUCCCAAGUUGCAUCAAAUUGGAGAGCACUGACGUGUACAAUAUGUAAACAAACCUAUCGACAUUAGUCUCUGUACUAAUACCAACUUGUACAUUAGUACCAGUGGCAGUGUGGCACACUAGCAGACUAGCAGCUACCAUCAGAUUGUUCAUUCAUUACUCAUUAAGUCAUUAGACCUGUUUGUACUAGUAGCACGCAGAAUCGUCCAAUAUAAGAAUGCAUGCCACCCAUUUUUGUAAUGACUGUAAGCUUCACAAACGACAAUGUCGUCCGUCCUUUGAUGCCAUGGCAAUUCUUGCCGGAUGCAUGAAAACAGCAUCAACAGGCUGAAAGACUAUACUGUGUUCGAAGGUCAGUGGUGAAUGUGGCAUUGGAUUCGUUCUCAUUCCUUUUUUUUCCCCAUUUCUUUUGGCAGAACUGGCAUCAGAUUCACCCAGGUGAAAGAUUACUAUGGACCGCAUAAAGAGAUACAAAUCUCCCCAACCUUCUUCAUUCGUUUAUUAAAGGGAAAUAUUCAUUUUCAAUCUUUCACUUGCACAUUCUAGCUAUGAAAUUGGGUAUCAGGCACCCUCCAAAUAUGGAAAACCACACAAAAUUGGCAUUCUAGCUGGUUUUCAAAGUUGGUUUGCUAUUUUUCCAAAAUAAUAAAAUAUUCGUUUCAUCUCUAAAAUUACAAAAGUAUGUUAUAUUAAAUAGAAAAAAGUGAAAGCCCAUUUGUUUCUAAAAAUGUGAAACAUCAUUAGCCUUUGAACCCUUGACCCUUUCAUCAUUUAGAAAUAUAGAUUUCAUUACCGUGACUUGAGUCUUGGCUUGCCGUCGGUAAGAUCCAUGAUCCACAAUUCGAACACGACCGAGAAGCAUGAAGCACGGGGAGCGCGUAGGAUCAUGCAGACGACCGCGACCGAGAGCCACACAAACGGAGAAGCCACCUGUCGCGCACUUGGCCCGUACAUGAGGCACGUGCAAACUUGAAUAUUGUUGCCCGGCGCUGGGUCCGGUAGCGCAGCGAAAAGUGGCAGCUAGCCGGCCCGGUCCUGCCAAGGCAGAAGCAGCGAAUCCAGUUGGCACUACUAGCGAAGAAAGCAACGGUUCGCAGAUCAGAUGGUACGGUGGUGACCGAGAGGCGAGAGCAAUGUAACACAACACCUACGGCCUUCCACACGACAGACGCUCGCGCUGUUGUUCGUGUGCGCCAGCACGCGCCCGGCAGGCACCGAGCAGCUGCUCGCCACUGUGUAGCGAGCGAUCGAGCGAGGAUGGUGGCCAAGAAGCCGCGGGUCGUCGUAGUGGGCGCGGGCGUGGCCGGCCUCACGGCGGCGCACCGGCUGUGCGCCGGAGGCGGGGACAGGUUCGAGGUGACGGUCGUGGAGGCCGGCGCCCGCGCGGGCGGGCGGGUGCUCACGUCCGAGUUCGCGGGCCACCGCGUCGAGAUGGGCGCCACGUGGAUUCAGGGCAUCGACGGGAGCCCCGUGUACGCGCUCGCGCGCGACGCCGGCGCGCUCGCCUGCGACAGGGACGCUCCCCCGUACGAGCGCAUGGACGGGUCCCCCGACCGCGUGCUCACGGUCGCCGAGGGCGGCGAGGUGGUCGACGCGGACCGCGUGGCCAGGCCGGUCGAGGAGCUGUACAGGGGCAUGAUGGAGGCCGCGCGCGCCGGCGAGUCCAGCGGCGGAGGGAGUGUCGAGGAGUACCUGAGGCGCGGCCUCCGAGCGUACCAGGCGGCGCGCCAGGGCGGCAAGGAGCUGGAGGGGAUCGAGGACGCGCUGCUCGCCAUGCACAUCAACCGGGAGCGGACGGACACCUCCGCCGACGAGCUCGGGGACCUCGACCUCGCCGCGGAGGGCGAGUACCGGGACUUCCCAGGCGAGCACGUCACGAUCCCCGGCGGGUACUCUCGCGUCGUCGACCGCCUCGUCGCGGCACUCCCGCCGGGCACCGUCCGCCUCGGCCUCCGCCUCCGCCGCCUCGACUGGAGCGACACCCCCGUGCGCCUUCACUUCGCCGAGGAUGGCGCGACGACGGCGAUCACCGCCGACCACGUCAUCCUCACGGUGUCGCUGGGCGUCCUCAAGGCGAGCAUCGGCAAGGACGCCCACGCCGCGGGCGGGGUCGCCUUCGACCCACCGCUCCCGCAGUUCAAGCGCGACGCCGUCGCGAGGCUCGGCUUCGGCGUCGUGAACAAGCUGUUCAUGGAGCUGGAGGCCGUGCCAGCGGCGAAACCGGAAGGCGACGGAGGUGGCGGCGGCGGCGGCGGCAGCGAACACCCGCUAGCCAUGUCUGCGCCACCGGAGUUCCCGUUCCUACACAUGGCGUUCCGGGGGCACGUAUCGGAGAUCCCGUGGUGGAUGCGCGGCACCGAGUCGAUCUGCCCCGUCCACGGGGGCUCCAGCGUCGCGCUGGCGUGGUUCGCCGGGCGGGAGGCCGAGUACCUCGAGUCGCUCCCCGACGACGAGGUCAUCCGCGGGGUCCAGGCCACGAUGGACUCCUUCCUCCCGGCCCCGGACCCGCGCGACGGGGCCAAGGCGACGUCACGGUGGAGGGUGAAGCGGAUCAAGAGGAGCGGGUGGGCAACGGACCCGCUCUUCCUGGGGUCCUACAGCUACGUGGCCGUCGGGUCCAGCGGCGAGGACCUCGAACGGAUGGCCGAGCCGCUGCCACGCGGGUCGAACGUUGGCGGUGCGCCGCCGCUUCGCGUCCUGUUCGCCGGCGAGGCGACGCACCGGACGCACUACUCGACGACGCACGCCGCGUACCUGAGCGGUGUGAGGGAGGCCGAGCGGCUGCUGCAGCACUACGGAAAUUAGGUUGCGGACUUGCAGGUGCAUUCGCAUAAUCGCAUUGCACUGAUGAGUCAAGGCGACGCGUCAUAUCCUAGGGAAUUUUGCUCUGUUUUUCUGCCGUUGCUUUGCUUCAGCUCUAAUGGCCUCUCUAGUAUGCUUUUUCGCGUGAUUCACGUGGCAUGGUAGUAGGCUACGCUAGCCAUGUAUCCUUGCUCUGUGCUAGACUGCUAGGGUAUAUGCGUUUAUAUUUUGUGCUAUUCUGGAAGUACAUGAACCGACCAAAACAUGCCUCUUAUUGUGAGGCUAUUUCUUUCAAAAAAAUCAAUGAAUCUCAAGCAUGAAUCAAAUAUA